AUGGCAUUGUUGGACGUCGGGAAGGCGUUCGACAAUGUCUGGCAUGAUGGCCUGGUGCGCAAGCUGCAACGGAACAAUUAUUUGUCGAUUCACGUCGUUGAAAUAAAUCAGGAAAAUCAGCGGUCCCAGGUGACUACCCUGAGGUAUGCCAGAUGUGGCAGUGAACGUACGGGACUGGUGAUCACCAAUGACAACAGUAAGAUAGCGAUCGCUAAGGUACGACUGAAACCAUUGCAAAAGGCAGCUGUGGAUACCAAGCCUGUCCAGUUUAGCGAUUGUUAUGCGGUGAUAACUCUAGUGACGACAUUAGUUAAGGUUAAAUCACAUCUAUUCACCGCACUCUCCGAAUUGGAUCAAAUGAUUCAAACUGAAGGUGUUAUUUUAGAAAAACUCAACCAUUAUAUUCGACUUCAAGAGGAAAGGUUAAACCAUCUGAGAUGGAAAAGAACUCAAAUGCUUAGGGAACACAACAAAGCCAUCAAACAGCCCGAGGAAUACCUGUUCAACCCAGUAAAUGCUUUCCUACUGAUUAAACGACUUACAAAGGAUUGGAGUGAAAUCCAACAGCUUAUAACGUAUGAAAUGCAGCGCGACUUCAUGGGUGAUGGUACCAAUUAUAGCAAUUUACUCGUUCUUCCCACUGAAGAAGAUCUAACGGGAGCAGCACAAGCCUUAGCACGACUCCAGGAUACGUACAAUCUCGACACGGCUGUGGUUGCCAGUGGAAUCCAUGCCGGUUCAGAAAUGUCAUUCGACGAUUGCUUUGAGUUGGGUAAACAGCUGCACGCUACUGGAGACCAGCACCGAUCUGUUCUGUGGCUGCGUGAGGCAUUAAAUCGUUCCGAACAAGGAACAAUGGGCGUGGCGAAGAAAGCUGAGGCAUUGGAGUAUCUGGCGUUCUAUACAUAUCUUCUUGGAAAUGUUGAAGUUGCUUUAGGCUAUGUAAAGGACCUGCUGGAGAUGAAACCAGAUCAUGAAAAUGCUUUUCGACAUAAAGUAUUCUACGAAGAACUCAUUCAGCAUGGACAAGAUCGAAAAUUCAACAUCAACAGUAUCCCUAACAAUGAUCCUGCGAAUAUAAUAUUAAAUUCGUAUAGGAAACUUUGCCGAGGAGAAGUACAACGAAACGCCAGCGAAACGUCGAACCUCAAGUGUCGAUAUGUAACGAGUGGGUCAGCCUUCACAAGGUUAGCUCCGCUCAAGCUCGAAGAAGUACAUAUCCUGCCAAGGAUCGUAUUAUACCACAACGUUUUAUCAGACAACGAGAUUCAGGUGCUGAAACGAAUAGCCAAACCACGCUUCAAGCGAGCAACGGUACUGAAUCAUGAAACAGGAGACUUUGAACCUUCCAAUUAUCGAAUCAGCAAAUCAGCAUGGCUUGCAGACCAGGAUGAUCCCAUUGUGAAUACUAUUUCCAAACGUGUAGCGGAUAUGACCGGACUAUCAACGGACACAGCAGAGGAACUGCAUGUUGUGAAUUAUGGACUUGGAGGACAAUAUCAUCCACACUUUGAUUUCUUUCAAACGGACAAAGUCGCUACACCCAACAAUGGAAAUCGCAUUGCAACCGUACUUUUCUAUCUGAGUGACGUAAGCCAUGGAGGUGCCACCGUGUUCCCAAAAAUUGGAGUAACUUUGAAGCCACGGAAAGGAUCGGCUGCCGUUUGGUACAACCUGCAUUCGUCUGGGGAUUUGGAUUUUUCAACAGCACAUGGCGCGUGUCCCGUCCUGAUCGGUAGCAAGUGGGUUGCAAACAAAUGGCUCCGUGAACGAGGACAAGAAUUUCGUAGAAAGUGUGAUUCUCAAAGCUUGGUUGAAAACAAUGGUCCAAAAUUGAGGCAUUAUAUGAGUUAA